UGGACUUAAUUAUAAUUGGUAAGGGUGUAAGAGUAAAAAUAUUUCUAUAUGACCUGAAUUCAGCACAAAAGAAACCAUUCAAAUCAUAUUUCCUCACUUCAUUCUUCAUUUUAUCAUAUCUCACAUGGAUCAACCACAAACUCAAACACGACAGCACGUGGCGAUUCUACCGUCGCCGGGAAUGGGUCACGUGAUCCCGAUGGUUGAGUUCGCCAAGCGCUUUGUCCGAAACCACAACUUCACCGUCACCUUUUUGGUUCCCACCAGCGGUUCUCCAUCAACGGCCAUGAGAUCCGUUUUCAACGGCCUACCGGAUUCCAUCGAACACGUUUUUCUCCCUCCGGUCAACUUCGACGACCUUCCAGAAGGUUCCAAGCUCGAGACUCGGAUCGCCCUCACCGUCGUCCGCUCCCUCGCUUCCCUCCGCGACGCGCUCGCGUCCCUCUUCUCGCGGCGCGUGGGCGUCGUCGCCCUUGUCGUCGAUCACUUCGGUUUGGACGCCUUCGACGUAGCGAGAGAAUUCAACUUGCCCUCGUACCUUUUUUACCCCUCACCGGCGAUGGUCUUGUCUCUGAUCCUCCACUUGCCGGAGCUCGACGAAUCGACGUCGUCCGAGUACUGGGAGUUGACGGAUCCGGUGAAGAUCCCGGGUUGUUUCCCAAUUCCAGGUAAGGAUUUACUCGACCCGAUUCAGGACAGGAAGAGCGAUGUCUACAAGUUGACUCUGCACAAAGCAAAACAGUACCGUUUGGUCGACGGAAUCAUCGUCAAUACGUUCAACGAUCUGGAGCCACGGGCAAUUUCGUCCUUGCAGGAGAGGGAAGCCACUGAAAAACUGCCACGUGUGUACCCCGUGGGACCACUUGCCAAAAUACAGAGAACCAACUUGACCGAGGAGGAGUCGCAAUGUCUCAUCUGGCUGGAUGGACAGCCACGUGUCAGUGUUCUAUUCAUUUCGUUCGGGAGCGGUGGGACCCUCUCAUCCGACCAAACCAACGAGCUGGCCUUGGGAUUGGAGAAUAGCGAGCAGAGAUUCCUGUGGGUCGUGAGGCCGCCAAACGACAGGGCCGCGAGCGCCGCGUACUUCAAGGUCAACAGCCAAAACGAGUCGUCGUUUGACUUCUUACCCGAUGGGUUUCUUGGCCGGACCAGGGAUCGGGGCCUGGUGGUGCAUUCAUGGGCCCCACAGGCUCAGAUUCUAAGCCACAGCUCAAUUGGCGGGUUCUUGACCCACUGCGGUUGGAACUCCAUUCUAGAGAGCAUGGUCAACGGCGUGCCUAUGAUCGUUUGGCCUCUCUUCGCCGAACAAAGAAUGAAUGCUUUUAUGUUGACCGAAGACAUAAAGGUAGCUCUGAGACCGAAAGCGAGCGAAAACGGCGUCGUUGAGAGGGAAGAGAUUGCUAGAGUAAUUAAGGCUCUUAUGGAAGGAGGAGAAGAUAGGGAAAAGCUAAGGAAGAGAAUAGAGGAGCUGAAAGAAGCGGGUUCAACAGCUCUAACUGAAGAUGGGAAUUCUACUAAAGCGCUUGCUGACGUGGCUGAUGUGUGGAAGAGCCAGAUUAGAAAUUAGACGCUUAUUCCACUUUUUCAUACAUUUACUCUUAGUACUUCGUAUGCUAAUUUUAAGGAGUUUCGUGUGUUGUCUGCUGUCAUUUUACUCUUAUUGUAAUGUUAUUGAUCGCAUUAUCAAGAUAUACAUGGAAGUGUGUUCUAGAA